AUGGAGCUUCAGCUUGCAAGGGUGCAUGCGGAAAAUCCUAUCAGCAUUCAGCCCGCAGAAUCCAAACAUCUUACUCCGAUGGCCAGGAUUCAUCUGGCUGCCUUCCGCAACGACGAUUGUGUGAAAUUUCUAUGUAGCGACGAAACCCAUUGGAUUAUUGUAAACACGAUGCUCGGGGAGCGUCUCGAAAAUCGACCCUACGCGAUUAGUGUAGCCAUGAACGAAAGACUGGGUCGGGUCGUCGGCUGGCUUUGCUGUAGUGUCGUGGGGUACCAGGGAAGUUCAGAUUGGGACGGACUUGCUCAGCUUGCAUGGACGGUAGCAGCAGCAUUCAAGGCGGCGGAGGCUCAGAGGAAGCUUAGUAGGACUUCUGGAGAGAGCGAGCACAAUUCUCGUCAGGCGCAGCGGAAGAUGUUACGGGAAGCGAUCGUGUCCAGAACGAAAGUGGCGCAAUCGCUCGCCAUGGGUGAUGACGUCUACUUGGUCAUCAACAAUGUGGCCACGGAUCCGGAGAAUGAUCUUGGCGGUGUGACGCCCAAGCUCAUCUGUUCGGUUACGGACAGUGCCGACAAAGAUGGACUCUCUGUCUUUGCCCAAGUUCCGCUCUUCGCUGUGGCGGACUUUGAAUGGGCUGGGUUCCAACAGAUUGCCGGAUUCGAGCCGCAAUUGGAUAUACAUCAGCUCAAAUUCAUGGUGCGCAGGCCCAAGGCCAGAUAG